UUUUCGAGUUAUUGCUGCAGAUGUUCCUUUGCUUGUUGUUAUUCCUUUUAUGCUUGGAUUUUAUUUCCAAAUGCUAGUUACCAGUCCACUUAGGGUGGUACGUAUAAAUUUUUUUGGAUGUAAUGUUUUUAGUAUCUUUAUAUUUCUCACCUCCCUGUCUUUUAUCUUCAGACAUAAAAUAUAAUAAAAAAUUUUAGGCUAUUUUUCAAUCACCGUUAUUUUUCCCAUGGAAGGAAUGAGCGAUGGGUGUCGUCCAUUUUAAAAUAAUUUGUGCAUCUGUAUUAAUGGGACCGGACUGGUGGUUAAAAACUGCUUUCGAACAGAUUUAUGCUGAUGGAAUUUGGAACUUUCAGCUAAAGGAGUUAUAUAUUAAUAUGGUUAUACCAGUUGGGAAUGCAUUUUCAUUUUUAAUCGCUUUCCCUUAUGUGGCCAGCAAAUUUAUACUGCUUUUCGUUGGUGAGUAA